AUGAAAACUUUUUUAUGAUGUGAGAUUGACAUUCGAACUCAAUCAAGAUUCAGAUUUACGAUCAUCCUCUUCCUCUCUUUCUCGGUUAAUCUUUCGAUCUCAAGACCAUCAAUUCAGCUGAGUCUAGAUCAUAGCUCAUCCUCGAAGGUCCCAUCUCCGUUUUAGUGAUCUUCCUGCAUUUUGUAGUUAUCACCCUUCGUCUUCAUUCCUCUAUUCUUGUGCGAGGAUUUGAGCAGUCUGGGCACUGAUUUCGACUCAGGCAAGGUCGUUCUCGUGGGAGCAGGGAUUUUCAGUUUAAAGCAUGGUGGCUGACAAUGGUGUCAUGGAUGGGGGAACUUUGGACAUUGGCAUGGAAUAUAGAACGGUUUCAGGAGUUGCAGGUCCACUGGUUAUCCUUGAUAAAGUGAAGGGACCCAAAUAUGAGGAGAUUGUUAAUAUUCGUUUAGGAGAUGGAUCUACCCGACGCGGGCAAGUUUUGGAAGUUGAUGGAGAGAGAGCUGUUGUUCAGGUUUUUGAAGGAACUUCAGGAAUUGACAACAAAUAUACGACCGUGCAGUUUACUGGGGAGGUUUUACAAACUCCUGUCUCUUUGGAUAUGCUUGGUCGUGUUUUUAAUGGUUCUGGGAAGCCAAUUGACAAUGGCCCUCCCAUUCUUCCUGAGGCGUACAGGGAUAUUUCUGGAAGUUCGAUAAAUCCUAGUGAGAGGACCUAUCCUGAAGAAAUGAUUCAAACUGGAAUUUCAACAAUAGAUGUCAUGAACUCAAUUGCAAGAGGACAAAAAAUUCCUCUCUUUUCUGCUGCUGGUCUUCCUCAUAAUGAAAUUGCUGCACAGAUUUGUCGCCAGGCUGGUUUGGUAAAGCGAUUGGAGAAAUCUGACAAUCUUCUUGAAGAUGGUGAAGAUGAUGAUUUCGCCAUUGUCUUUGCAGCGAUGGGAGUGAACAUGGAGACAGCUCAGUUUUUCAAACGCGAUUUUGAAGAAAAUGGAUCGAUGGAGAGAGUGACCCUUUUCCUGAAUUUGGCUAAUGAUCCAACCAUUGAACGCAUCAUCACUCCUAAGAUUGCUCUCACAACUGCUGAAUACUUAGCAUAUGAAUGUGGGAAGCAUGUCCUUGUGAUAUUAACGGAUAUGAGUUCAUAUGCCGAUGCUCUUCGUGAGGUAUCUGCUGCUCGAGAAGAAGUUCCGGGAAGGCGUGGAUAUCCAGGUUAUAUGUAUACUGAUUUAGCAAGAAUCUAUGAGCGAGCUGGACGUAUCGAAGGAAGAAAAGGUUCCAUCACACAAAUUCCGAUUCUGACUAUGCCCAAUGACGAUAUUACCCAUCCCACUCCUGAUUUGACGGGUUACAUCACCGAAGGACAAAUAUAUAUUGACAGACAGCUUCAUAACCGGCAGAUAUACCCGCCGAUCAAUGUGCUUCCAUCUUUGUCCCGUUUAAUGAAGAGUGCCAUUGGAGAGGGUAUGACUAGAAGGGACCAUUCAGAUGUUUCAAACCAGCUGUAUGCAAACUAUGCCAUUGGUAAGGAUGUGCAAGCAAUGAAAGCUGUGGUUGGAGAGGAAGCCCUGUCUUCUGAGGACCUGCUAUACCUAGAAUUCCUCGAUAAAUUCGAGAGGAAGUUUGUGGCCCAAGGAGCAUACGACACCCGCAACAUCUUUCAGUCUCUGGAUUUGGCAUGGACGCUCCUCCGAAUCUUCCCCCGCGAGCUUCUACAUCGUAUCCCGGGGAAGACCCUCGAUCAAUUUUACAGCAGGGAUGCCAACUAGAUAAGAUCUGUGUGAGCUUGAUGAUGAUCAUGUCAUGGAAUGUUUGUUUUAUUAUGCCAUUUUCUCUCUUAAAGGUUCUGCACAUGUCCACCCCUUUGAAUUCAUAAAAGAAUAAAAAAGCCCCAAAAUUUAGUACCUCAGGCAUUUUAGCAGACACCCUUAAUUCUUUCAAUGGUCUGUAUUUUAUGUUUUUUCUCUUCCCAAAGUAUUGGACAUGACAUGUUUUUUCAUGUGUAUUAAUUGUUUAUGAAAUUAUGGAGGCUCUUGGGAGCAAGGGAAGUAUUUGUAUGGGCUGUUCAUGUAACUAUGUUGGCAUCAGACUUAAUAAAUGAGCCCCUUGCAA